GCCCCUCCGGUUGGGAUCGAUGUGAGGCGUCAGCUGCGGCGAUGGUGAAGAAGCAGAGGCCGCGAAGAGAAGGCGAGGGAGGGGCGGCGGCGACAACUUGAGCCUCGCAGGGGUCAGGCGGCGCUAGGGCGAGGGAUGGGAGCAGCUGCCGCAAAGCUGGCACGAAACCCAAGGCGCUAGUCCCGAGAGCGGGCCGGCCCGGCAGACAAAGAGCAGUAAGCCCGGCAAAGAGGAGACCUCCCGGAGGGAGAGGGAAACGUCGCACUGCUCCUCCCAGUGUCCGAUGUCUGCUCAGCCGUGCCGGUCUCCUUGCGUUCCCCUCCAGUAGCAAGUGGGGCGGCGGUGGCACGAGUGGCCGGCCGGGGCAAGAUCAUUAUUCCGCUGUUCAUAGUUACCAUUUUAGUAACUAUUGUGGGCUGCAAAUGGGUGCCUGUGUUUGCUAGCUAGUGGCUAUCGCAGGGAUGUUUAUUUAUACUUAGAUUUACAGUUUAGUGCCUACAAGCGGAGAAUGCUCACUAACGCCCGGGAAGGUUGCUAGUUGGUAUCUGGCGUUGGCAUGCUCCUCGGUACCCCAAUGGUUUGUUAGUCGCUGCCCAACAAGAUUACAAGGAAGUGCCUCUGCUGGGGUGGUAGUUGUGGGGUGCCCAUUGUGAGACUGGCAGUAUCAGGCGGGUGCCAGCUGUGCGCUUAGGUCUAUUCCCGUUUCUAUUAUGUACACGUUUGUGCUGCGGGAUCGGAACAGCUCAAUCUACGCAGAAGUUGGCAAGGUGCUGAUCUCCACGGGACAAUGGCGGAGACUCAAGAGGGACAAUCCCAGGUUCAACCUGAUGCUGGGGGAGAGAAACAAACUGCCUUUCGGGACCUUGGGUCAUGAACCAGGACUCGCACAGCUUGUGAACUAUUAUCGGGGAGCUGACAAGCUCUGCCGCAAGGCAUCGUUAGUCAAGCUCAUCAAGUCAAUUCCAGAACUGAUAGAAUCAUGCACCUGGUUUCCUGAAUCCUAUGUCAUCUAUCCCAUGGGGCUGCAAACCACAGCAAGUCCCACGCAGAACGGAAUAAAAGCACAAAGAAAUAAUGUGAGGACAGAUGAUCGGGAAGAGUUCCAAGCAUCUUACCACAAGAGGCAAGCGAAUGGAGAAAGGAAUGUGUGGAUAGCCAAAUCUUCUGCUGGAGCCAAAGGUGCCGGAAUUUUGAUUUCUUCUGAUGCCAAUGAAUUAUUGGACUAUAUAGAUAAUCAAGGUCAAGUUCAUGUGAUUCAAAAAUACCUCGAGAGACCAUUACUGUUAGAACCAGGUCACCGCAAAUUUGAUAUAAGAAGCUGGGUUCUUCUUGACCAUCAAUAUAACAUUUACCUCUACAAGGAAGGAGUAUUGCGAACUUCCUCUGAACCAUACAACAGCACUGAUUUUCAGGAUAAAACUAGUCACCUGACAAAUCACUGUAUUCAGAAAGAAUUCUCCAAGAAUUAUGGGAAAUACGAAGAAGGCAAUGAAAUGUUCUUUGAAGAAUUCAAUCAGUACUUAAUGAAUACUCACAAUGUUACCUUGGAAAACAGUAUUUUACCGCAAAUCAAACAAAUCAUAAGGAGCUGCUUAAUGUGCAUAGAACCUGCAAUUGGCACCAAGUUUCUCCCAUACCACAGCUUUCAGCUGUUUGGGUUUGACUUUAUGGUUGAUGAAGAUCUCAAAGUCUGGCUUAUUGAAGUGAAUGGAGCUCCAGCCUGUGCCCAGAAGCUCUACGCUGAACUUUGUCAAGGAAUAGUGGACGUAGCCAUUUCCUGUGUCUUUCCAUUGAGCGAUUCGUCACAGAAGCCAAGUCAACAGUCUGUCUUCAUCAAAUUGGGAAGUUAACAGAAUCUGUCAUAAUCUAUUAAUUUCAUAGACCGAUGAUAUAUGUAACAGUAUCAUCUGAGCAUUUUAAAUCAUGUAGAGAGAUUCCGCUCAUAAGCAACAAUAAUCUGGUGCAGAUAUGAUGGAACAACAAUUAGGGAAUUAUGGAAUUUUUAGCAAAGGUUGAUCACUUGUAUGAACCAACAUCUUGAUGUGUGUACAGCUUUGAGACUCUUGUUGGAAGAUUACAAUCAAACCCUGAUAGGAGUUCCUAUACCUGAUAUUUGUUGUUUUUAAACACUAUGGAAAUAUGACAAGCACUUGCUCUGUUUAUUAUACACGAUUACCAGGCAUUGCAGGGUAGUUACCUUUACGUAAUCUGCUUAUGGAUUAUAUGAUUACUCUUAUGGACCUUGACAGGUUUUAUUGAGGUACUCCAUAGUACUUCAGCUUGAAUGCUGCAAUAUUGGCGAGUGAAGUGUUGGCAUCUUUCAUAAUGCCCAUAUUCUACCAAGAUCGUUCAUAAUGUGGUGCAAAGAGAUGGAUGUCACUGUGAUCACGCAUGGCAGAAACUAACUCCUUAAUGCACAUCUCACUAUGUGUAUACAGUAGUAUUGUUUCAGCAGUUGUAAAAGCCUUCGAACCCAUGGAGGACACCAUGCACUACUAUCAUUUAAAUUAUCUACACUGCAGUGCUUUCUGAAAUGCACUUGAAAAUGAAAGCAAGGGGCUCUGCUUGUAUUGUUUUUAUUUUGCAAAUACUUGAUCCUCUGAGAGGAGUUGGGAUAGGGUGGGAGUGGAACUUUAAGCAAGUUUUAUGAAGGUAAAGAAAUGAAAAUCCUUUCCUGCUUUUUGUCUGUGUCCAAUUGUUGCUGUUUCCAUUCAGAACUCUGCAACAUGAAAUGUACUACACAAGUUCCAAUUCAUUCUGCUUGCACCCUACUGAAGCAUUUACAAAGCUGAUGAAGCUUAAUAUAAGAUAAAUUGGUAGCAUGCAUGAAAUGCACUUGUCCUAAUUUGCAGGUUAUAACGUUCAUAGCAAGAAUGGCCUCUGAAAGUAAUUGGUCUUGUAAGUAAGAUUCUUAUGACCUAUUGUCUGUUUAUGGCUUUCUGUUUUGUUUUCUUGCCAAAUUGAACACCUGUGUCUAGAUCAUCACUAUAAUUUUAUUAUGUCAUGCCAAAUGCUUGAGUGUGUUUAUAAGUCAGUUAAUUAUUUUACUUAAGUAUUUAUGGUUCUACUUCCUAUCUGAGAGUAAAAUUCUGUCCAGUACUGAAGAUGGAGGCACAUUCCCAUCUAAAGUGUUAACCUUCAGCAGGAAAUGAGCUAAUUAUCACUCCAUUGUUAUUAUGGAGUGUCAUUCAAAUUGAGUUUACCCCUGGAAUAUUCCCUAUGGAGUAUAUAAUAUGCAUUGUACACUGUGGACAGGUUCUUGUAACAACAUGUUACGAUUAGUGCAUGUUCUUGGUAUGGUAUCUAACUUCAAAACACAAUCAUGAGGAAUAAACAGAAUAGCUGACA